UCAUUUGUUUUCUCUUUUCUUCUGCCAUUAAAAAAGAAGCGACGUGUUUGCUUAAAUUUGCUGUAAAUUCGUCAAUUGCCCCGAAACACGUCUAAUAGUUAAGAUGAUGAACUCGCCACCAGUUUUUAUAGAUCUAUCCAUGGACGAGCAGGUCCAGGAAUUGAGAAAAUAUUUUAAGAAUUUGGGUGCCGAAAUCUCCUCGGAAAAGUCCAGUAAAGGCGUGGAAGAUGAUUUGCAUAAAAUUAUUGGAGUUUGUGAUGUUUGCUUUAAAGAUGGGGAGCCAGCCCAAAUUGACUGCAUACUCAACAGUAUAGUAUCCAUUAUGAUUACGAUUUCUUUGGACCGCGGAGAAAACAUCAUCUUGGCUUACUGUGAAAAGAUGACAAAGGCACCCAAUGUACCAUUGACGAAAGUGUGUUUACAGUCACUUUGGCGUCUCUUCAAUAAUCUCGAUACUGCCUCUCCUUUGCGUUAUCAUGUUUACUAUCAUUUGGUACAGGUGGCUAAACAGUGUGACCAAGUCAUGGAAGUUUUUACUGGUGUUGACCAGGUCAAAUCACAAUUUGCCAACUGUCCACCCUCGGCCGAACAAAUGCAAAAACUGUAUCGACUUUUACAUGAUGUUACUAAAGACACCAACCUGGAAGUAUCCGCCAAGGUAAUGAUUGAAUUGUUGGGAACAUAUACAUCGGACAAUGCUUGUGUUGCUCGCGAGGAUGCCAUGAAAUGCAUAGUAACUGCAUUGGCCGAUCCCAACACAUUCCUUUUGGAUCCUUUGUUGGCCCUGAAACCCGUUCGCUUCUUAGAAGGUGACUUGAUACAUGAUUUGCUAUCAAUUUUUGUAUCCGAAAAGCUACCGGCAUAUGUACAAUUCUACGAGGACCAUAAGGAAUUUGUCACUUCACAAGGCCUCAACCAUGAACAGAAUAUGAAGAAGAUGCGCUUGCUCACCUUCAUGCAGUUGGCAGAAAGCAAUCCCGAAAUGAGUUUUGAAACCCUCACCAAGGAGUUGCAAAUAACCGAAGACGAAGUCGAACCAUUUGUCAUUGAAGUUCUUAAAACUAAAUUGGUACGGGCUCGCCUCGAUCAAGCUAAUCGUAAGGUCCACAUUUCUUCCACCAUGCACCGUACUUUUGGUGCACCCCAAUGGGAACAGUUAAGAGAUUUGCUGCAUGCUUGGAAAGAGAACUUGAGUUCUGUUCGUGAAGGAUUAAAUCAAGUAUCUACGGUACAAUUGGAUUUAGCUAGAAGCCAGAAAUUGGUUCAUUAGAUUGCAACAGAUCAGAGAUCAAGUAACACAACAAACUACGUUUAAUUUUUUAUGACGUCUAUGUAUUUAAUAAAAAGGAUAUAAAUAUAAACUGUAUCCCCUUAAUUGGGGCUACAAUGAAAUACUAA